GUCGCGCUCUGAUUGGUCAGGUAAACCCCAUUUAUUGCCUGACAGCCCUCAUCACAUGGAUGGUUGUCUAUUAACUUGUUUAAAAAGUAUCAGCAGUUGUCAAGGCUCUGCUGAAGGAGGAAAAGUAGUUUGUUGAUUCUUAAAGACCAAGUUUGUGGACACAUCAAGACCAGCAGAAAAAAAGAGAGAAAACGUUUACUAUAGAGUUUAGUAAAGUUACUGAAAGCUGCAACGUAACAAAACCGUGAACUACCUCUGGUUUGGACAGAUUUAUUAUUAUAUUUUUUUGCGUAAGACAGGUUUCACAAAAAUCAGUUUGAAUGUACAACAUGAUGGAAACCGAGCUCAAACCCCCUGCCCCUCAGCCACAUUCUGGGGGUACGGGCAACUCUAACUCGAAUGCAAACAACCAGAAAAACAGCCCGGACCGAGUGAAGAGACCCAUGAACGCGUUUAUGGUGUGGUCGAGAGGGCAAAGGAGAAAAAUGGCGCAGGAGAACCCGAAAAUGCACAAUUCAGAAAUCAGCAAAAGACUCGGGGCCGAGUGGAAACUUUUAUCCGAAUCUGAGAAGCGACCUUUUAUCGACGAAGCCAAGCGGCUCAGAGCUCUCCACAUGAAGGAACACCCGGAUUACAAAUACAGACCGAGGCGGAAAACCAAGACCCUGAUGAAGAAGGACAAGUACACUCUGCCAGGUGGACUUCUUGCUCCGGGCGGCAAUGCGAUGAACAGCGGGGUAGGUGUAGGGGCUGGCAUGGGUGCCGGGGUCAAUCAAAGGAUGGACAGUUAUGCACAUAUGAAUGGCUGGGCCAACGGAGGCUAUGGUAUGAUGCAGGAGCAGCUGGGCUACCCGCAGCACCCGGGUUUAAAUCCUCACAGCGCUGCACAGAUGCAGCCAAUGCACCGCUAUGACAUGAGCGCCCUUCAGUACAAUUCUAUGACCAAUUCACAGACCUACAUGAACGGGUCCCCCACCUACAGCAUGUCGUACUCCCAGCAGAGCACCCCUGGAAUGACUCUGGGCUCCAUGGGUGCGGUGGUCAAGUCAGAAUCCAGCUCAAGUCCACCGGUUGUCACAUCAUCCUCUCAUUCGAGGGCUCCCCAGUGUCAGCCCGGGGACCUUCGGGACAUGAUCAGCAUGUAUCUGCCCGGAGCUGAAGUACCAGAAUCAACUGCCCAAAGCAGACUUCACAUGUCACAACAUUACCAGAGCGCACCUGUACCCGGCACAACCAUUAAUGGCACACUUCCUCUUUCACAUAUGUAAAUUAACCUUUACUAUAGAAACUGGACUUAUUUGGACUAUUUUUGUACAGAACUUUUUUUUUUGGGGGGGGGGGGGGGGGGGGGUUGUAUAGAACUAAAGGGAAAAAAAACAAACACAAAACUAAAAAAAAACAAAAGUUCUAGUGGAACGGUAGGAACUUUGGAAAAGUGUUUACCAGUAAUAUUUAGAGCUAGUCUCAAUCAAUUACAUGUUUUAUUAUUGAAAGCAACUUUUUGUACAGUAUUUAUCAAAGAAACAUGGCAAUCAAAAGUUCCAAUGUUUGUCAACUGAGAAGUUGCCAAUUUUAUAAACAGCAGUGCAUAUAUAUAUAUAUAUAAUCGGGCUUCUAAGUUGUACAAAACAAAUACAGGAAAAGGCUAAUUUAAACACAGUACAGAAUUUUCUUUACAAGGGCAAAAUAGACGUUUUUACUUAUGUUUAAAAAAGAAACAAAAAAUUUUUUUAUGGCACAUUGUUUAUUUAUAUUUUGUUUCCAUAUUUUUGGUCCUGUUAAAACAUGAAGUUUAUGUAUGUAUUAUUUUCUCAUGGUUAUAUGUCUGUAAAUGUAAUGUGAUAUUUUAAGUUGUUUAUUUUAUUUUAUUUUUCAUUUCUGUAGUUGUAUUUUAAAAUUUGGCUCUGCAUUUUUGAACCAGUGCCUACACUCCAUGUAUAUAUUUCAACUAAUAACAUUAUUCUAACAAUUACGUUUUCAUCUUAAUUUUUUUUUUUCGUUAUGCAGAGUUUGAAAUAAAUAAAUUUUUGAAAUUUGGAUACUUGAAAA